ACGGCCCCUUUAAGUGGGCUUGGGUGUAGGCUGCUAAACUCAAAGGGAAGCCGAAGAGUCAAACUGUACGUAAAUAGAAAGCGAAGAAAAUUAACUGUAAGCGGUACAUUGAGGCGGUCACGGUACAAACAGGUCGGCACGGCUGGAGGGCUGGAUGCGGUCGUCAUGGUGAAGGAUGUUUCGGAAAGUCAAAAAGCGCCACAGCAGCAGCAGCUCGCAAAGCAGUGAGAUCAGCACCAAAAGCAAGUCUGUUGACUCCAGUUUGGGAGGACUUUCCAGAUCGAGCACCGUCGCCAGCCUUGAUACAGAUUCCACCAAGAGCUCAGGGAACAGCACGUCUGAGACAUGUGCUGAGUUCCGGGUAAAAUACGUGGGAUCCAUUGAGAAGUUACAGUUUGACAUGAGCAAGACCCUCCAGGAACCUCUGGACCUCAUCAAUUACAUUGAUGCUGCUCAGCAAGAUGGAAAGCUGCCCUUUGUUCCUGGGGAGGAGGAGAUGGUUCUGGGAGUGUCCAAAUAUGGAGUCAAAGUGGCCUCACUGGACCAGUGUGAUGUGCUGCAUCGCCACCCUCUCUACCUGAUAGUCCGUAUGCUGUGCUAUGAUGAUGGUCUGGGUGCAGGGAAGAACCUCCUGGCUCUGAAAACCACUGACACAAAGCAAGAGGAGUGCAGCAUCUGGGUCUACCAGUGCAGCAGCUCAGAGCAGGCUCAGUCCAUCUGUAAGGUGCUGUCGGCUUCUUUUGACUGCGCUCUGACAUCAGACAAGUCCUGAGGCCAGAGGAACAGGUGGCAUCCGUCUAGAAGAGUGAAGAAGUGAAACAACUGCAAAACCAGCAACAGUUCGUUAGAAAACCACCAUUGUGAUUGUGACCAUUUCCCCCUUCUCCAACUUUGCUUUCUUAACUUCAGGAGAGGUCAUCAAAAGGGCAAAACAUGACUGAUGGCAAAGUCCAGUAUGUGUUCGGUGCUGUUUCCUUCCCAUCAUCCUCCAGCUGAGACAGAACUACUGUGAAUUUGUCUGAAUCAUUUCCUGGGAAUUUGUUUCCUUUACCUCACUUGCACAUUUGCCCUUUCAAAACCAGUUAAACAGUAAAAUUUAGACAAGAGGGGAAAUGUUGCAUUCAAGAAAAGCUUUGGAGCACAUUGUGCAGCUUUUAGCAGUGCAAUUUUAGUUGUAUUAAAUGUAAAACAUGGUACAAAAUGGUACAAAAUGUAAACCAUCUCUGCCCAUAUGGUAAUUUAUGGGAGACAUUAAUCAGUUGAGAAGUUACACAUAUCUGACUGAUGCUUCUCUUCCACUCAGAUACCUUAUCAGAUUUUUAAGUCUUUUUUUUGUGUGUUUUGUUUUCUAUCAGUAUUGAUACCAUAUAAGUCACUUUUUGACUGGAAGGAACGGUACAAACAGGCUUUAACUGUGCCCCACAUCCUAUAUAUUGUCACUUUUUUCUUUAUUUGUGGGAUAUAUCUAUUUUUAAUGACCUCUUUGAGUUUGUUUUUCACUUCUUUUUACUACAGAUGUCCAGUGAAUUUCUUGGUACCAAAAGUUAGAUGUAUUUUUUGUAAUGUAGUGAUUACAUCUGCAUUAGGUUAGAUUAGAUUAGUUGAUACUAUGUCAGUUCUAAUAAGCUGGUAGUCACAUGUAGAAGAUUUUUUUGGAGUUGUGGUACUAACUUGACUUCACCUUGUACAAUAAUAACACACGGCCUCUUCCUGUUUCUUUUCAUUUUGGUUCAGUUGAAAACACUUUGCAAUAAGGAAAUGUGAGAUUUUUGAUUUGGUACAAUACAGGAGUUAUUUUAAGAAAUGAUCCUUUUGAUUAAUGUCAUUAUUGUUUAAUUUUCAGUGUGUUUUUUGCAUUUUCCUUUUAGUUAUGAAUUCUGUUUUUACACGAACAAUGCUGAAGAAAUACGAUUUUUUAAAAUAUUUUUCCUGUAGUCCAGUGUAUAUUUUUACACUGCAGUGCAUUUUGAAUGCGCCCAUCACAGGGAGCUCUUGACACAUCACCUGGCUUUUAGUCUGAGUGGUAAUAUACCAGUCAAAUGGUAUUUUAAAAACUCAGUUUUGUGCAUGAAGGACUAAAAUAUCCCCAAAACAUUCGCUGCCCGAAACUAUCUAGUAAAAGACAGACCUUAUUACUCAGAACAAACAGACCAAAGCCUUGUAUUAUUUCAUAUUUUAUUAUUCCAGUUUCAUUUUCCCAUUUACUUUCACAAUAGAGUUAAAGAGUCGAUGUAGUGAUCCACAGAUGGUUAAUGAGAAUGAAUUAUGUUCCCACUUGUGUGCGCAUGAGUGUUGUGUUUACAGCACGCACACACACAGGUCCAGCUGAGGUCGUAUUUGUAACUGCUCAUCACCACAGUGCAUUAAAAGACAUUUACUGCCAAGGUUAA